ACCACCACUCUGAUUGGCCUGUUGAAGACAGCCCGACUGCUGCGAUUGGUGCGUGUGGCCAGGAAACUGGAUCGUUACUCUGAGUAUGGAGCUGCUGUGCUAAUGCUACUCAUGUGCAUCUUUGCACUUAUUGCUCACUGGCUAGCCUGCAUAUGGUACGCCAUUGGCAAUGUGGAGAAGCCUUACCUGGAGCACAAGAUUGGUUGGCUCGACAAUCUGGGGGUGUCCAUUGGCAAGAGGUAUAACUACAGUGACCCUAGCUCUGGGCCCUCCAUCAAGGACAAAUAUGUCACAGCACUUUACUUCACGUUCAGCAGUCUAACCAGCGUGGGCUUUGGAAAUGUCUCCCCAAAUACCAACUCAGAAAAGAUCUUCUCCAUCUGUGUCAUGCUGAUAGGCUGUGAGUCUGAACUAUUCAUUGUGUAACUUUUGUCCUUAAAUUUAUGAGAUUCAUUGUACAAAUCAAUGCCUAUUAAGAAAACACAAAAUAAUUGUGACUUACCCCUGCCUUUACAUAUGUCUGUGUUGUGCAGCCCUCAUGUAUGCCAGCAUCUUCGGUAAUGUCUCAGCCAUCAUCCAGCGGCUGUACUCUGGCACUGCAAGGUACCACACCCAGAUGCUCCGGGUUCGAGAGUUCAUCCGCUUCCAUCAGAUCCCCAACCCGCUAAAGCAGCGGCUGGAGGAGUACUUCCAACACUCCUGGACCUACACCAACGGCAUCGACAUGAACACGGUAAACAGCAGAACUUCAAAUCAGCAUACCAACAUAGUUAAAUCCUCUUUCUUGCCAAUGUGAUCCUCAUGCAAAAUGCUUAAAAAAUAAACUUUUUAUUUUUGAUUUCUGCUUUUCGAUUGGAAUAACAUCUACGCUGGUAAGAGCAGGAGGUACAUAUUAUGUGAAAGUAUGAACUGUAACCAUUUCCAUGUUAGCUUAAUUGCUUGACAUUUUUGUUUCUCUUUCAAAACAUAUUAUAAUAUUUGGCUCUCAAAACAUCUCAUAAUCGCCCAUCAUGUGUAGACACCAUAAACCAUAAUCAUCAUCAUUAUCAUCAUCAUCACUUUUCUACCCGUUUUUGAGUGAAGUGUUUCAGUUUCCAUACCAUCUCAUGUGUUUUGUGUGCCAACGCUGAGCUUCCACAUGCAUGCCAGAUUCUAAUUACAAGAGUGCUUUGCGCUGAGGCUAAGGGCAUAUGUCACAGAUUGGCUUGCAUGUGGCUGCAUGAGCUUGCUUCAAGGAUAUAUUAGUGCUUUUUCCUUUUAAAAUCAAAUGCAAUUUUAUUCGUCACAUGCUUCGUAAACAACAGGUGUAGACGAGGAGUGAAAUGCUUGCUUACAGGCCCUUCCCAACAAAGCAGAGUAAGAAAAUAUAGAAAUAAUAGAAAAGUAAAACUUGUAAUAAUAAAUACACAAUGAGUAACGAUAACGUGGCUAUAUACAUGGGGUAACAGUACCGAGUCGAUUUGCAGGGGUAUGAGGUAACUGAGGUAGAUAUGUACAUAUACUGUAACUAGGAAUAAAGUGACAGAUAAUAAACAGUAGCAGCAGCGUAUGUGAUGAGUCAAAAAAGUUUGUGCAAAAAGGGUCAAUGCAGAUAGUCCGGGUAAAUAUUUGGUUAACUAUUUAACUAACUACACUACAUUACCAAAAGUAUGUGGACACCUGCUCGUCGAACAUCUCAUUCCAAAAUCAUGUGCAUUAAUAUGGUGUUGGUCCCCCCUUUGCUGCUAUAACAGUCUCCACUCUUCUGGGAAGGCUUUCCACUAGAUGUUAGAACAUUGCUGUGGGGACUUGCUUCUAUUCAGCCACAAGAGCAUCAGUGAGGUCGGGCACUGAUGUUGGGCAAUUAGGCCUGGUUCGCUGUCGGCGUUCCAAUUCGAUUGAGGUCAGGGCUCUGUGCAGGCCAAUCAAGUUCUUCCACACCUAUCUCAACAAACCAUUUCUGUAUGGACCUCGCUUUGUGCACGAGGUAUUGUCAUGCUGAAACAGGAAAGGGCCUUCCCCAAACUGUUGCCACAAAGUUGGAAGCACAGAAUCGUCUAGAAUGUCAUUGUAUGCUGUAGCGUUAAGAUUUCCCUUCACUGGAACUAAGGGGCCUAGUCUGAACCAUGAAAAGAAGCCAGAGACCAUUAUUCCUUCUCCACCAAACUUUACAGUUGGCACUAUGCAUUGGGGCAGGUUGCGUUCUCCUGGCAUCCGCCAAAUCCAGAUUUGUCCGUCGGACUGCCAGAUGGUGAAGCGUGAUUCAUCACUCCAGAGAACACGUUUCCACUGCUCCAGAGUUCAAUGGCGGCGAGCUUUACAACACUCCAGCCGACACUAGGCAUUGCGCAUGGUGAUCUUAAGCUUGUGUGAGCUGCUCGGCCAUGGAAACCCAUUUCAUGAAGAUCCCGACGAACAGUUCUUGUGCUGACAUUGCUUCCAGAGGCAGUUUGGAACUUGGUAGUGAGUGUUGUAACCGAGGACAGAUGAUUUUUACGCGCUACGCACUUCAACACUCGGCGGUCACGGUCUGUGAGCUCGUGUGGCCAACCAAUUCGCAGCUGAGCCAUUGUUGCUCCGAGAUGAGCUUGGAGGGAACUAUGGUGUUGAACACUGAGAUGUAUUAAAUGAACACCAUUCUCACAUAGGUGUUCCUGUUGUCCAGGUGGGAAAGGGCAAUGUGGAGGGAAAUAGAGAUUGCGUCAUCUGUGGGGGUAUUCGAAUUGGAGUGGGUCCAGGGUGUCUGGUAAGAUGGUGUUGAUGAGAAACAUGGCCAGCCUUUCAAAGCAUUUCAUGACUACAGAUGUGAUUGCUAUGGGACUAUGGUGGUGUGCUUGAAACAUGUAGGUAUUACAGACUGGGUCAGUGAGAGGUUGAAAAUGUCAGUGAAGACACUUGCCAGCUGGUCAGCGCAUGCUCCAAGUACACGUCCUGGUAACCUGUUUAAAAGGUCUUAAGGUCUUACUGUGAUCGUCCAGAACAGCUGUUGCUCUCAUGCAUGGUUUAGUGUAGCUUGCCUCAAAGCGAGCAUAGUGAGCAUAGACAUUUAGCUCGUCUAGUAGGCUUGCGUCACUGGGCAGCUCGCAGCUGGAUUUCCCUUUGUAUUCUGUGAUAGUUUGCAAGCCCUGCCACAUCCAACGAGCGUCAGAGCUGGUGUAGUAGGAUUCGAUCUUAGUCCUGUAUGGACGCUUUGCCUGUUUGAUGGUUUGUCGGAGGGUGUAGCGUGAUUUCUUAUAAGCGUCCAGAUUAGUGUCCCGCUCCUUGAAAGCGGCAGCUCUAGCCUUUAGCUCAGUGCGGAUGUUGCCUGUAAUCCAUGGCUUAUGGAUGGGAUAUGUACGUACGGUCACUGUGGGGAAGACAUCGUCGAUGCACUUAUUAAUUAUGCCUGUGACUGAUAUGGUAAACUCCUCAAUGCCAUUGGAUGAAUCCUGGAACAUAUUCCAGUCUGUGCUAGUGAAACAGUCCGUUAGCUUAGCAUCCGCUUCAUCGGACCACUUCCGUUUUGAGUGCGUCACUGGUACAUCCUGUUUCUAAAAACUUACUGUAUCUUUCAUUGUGAAAAAAGGUCUGAAUAGCCUGUGUGAGUGUAUACAGUAGUUACAUUUGCACCAAUUUACAUCACUGAAACACUUCGUUAUCAUAGUCAUUUCCAUGUGGGCCAACCGAAGAAUAGUUUAGCCCAGGUUCAUUCCUUUUUAUUGUAGAGGUAAGUAUAUCCUUUUAUUAUUUUUGUCACUACAGGUAGCCUACUUUAAAUUCCAGGAGAUUAAAACAUUUUUGAGAUACCGUAACCAUUUGAGAAGGGUGAAAACAAACAUAUAGAACCCAAUUGGCUGACUCAAGAGGUGAUUCCACGUUGGCUGCAUCCUGUAAUUGUUAAAUUUCUCCACACAUACUGUAGGUGUUAAAAGGAUUCCCUGAGUGUCUUCAGGCAGAUAUCUGCCUCCACCUCAACCAGGCUCUGUUGGAGAGCUGCAAGGCCUUCCAUGGAGCUACCAAGGGCUGCCUGAGAGCCCUGGCCAUGCGCUUCCAGACCACCCACGCCCCCCCAGGGGACACUCUGGUCCACUCUGGAGACGUCCUCACCGCACUUUACUUCCUGUCGCGGGGCUCCAUAGAGAUCUUGAAGGAUGACAUUGUGGUGGCCAUUCUAGGUAAAUGCAGUUUAACUAUAAAUAGCAUCUGGUGGUUUUUACCUGGUCAGAUCAUAUGGUCAGGAAAAACUCCUGGCACAAAUUAUAUACUAGUGUUAAAGGGUAAAUUCCACCCAAAAACAAUAUUUUGGUAUUUGUUUAAUUAGUCUAUUGUUGAUAUAGUGCCAAAAUGUUUUGCAUGUGAGCAAUCAAGUUUUCUUUUUCAAAGUUUUCACUUUCAAAAUACAGAAAUACAGCCGGUAUGAUGCAACGAGCAUAUUUAUGCAUCAUACUGGCUGUAUAUUUGUAUUUUGAAAGUUUUUGAAACAUGAUUGCUCACAUGUGAAACAUUUUGGGACUAUAUAUACAAUGGACUAAUGAAACAAUACCAAAAUAUAGUUUUUGGGUGGAGUUUUCUUUUAAGGCUAAGAGUUUUUCAUGACCAUGUGAUCUGAGUAGGAAAAACUCCAGGCUCUAUAAAUGCUGAUUGGAAAACAUGCUAACGCUUAUUGGUAGCUUUUUGAAGCAUGAUAAGACACAUUGCUACUUACUGUACUGUCAGGGCAGUAAUGAAAGAACCAAACCAAGUGGAGAACUGGGGUUGGUGAGGCAUUUUUAUAACAAUGGUUUCAGGAGCACUUACUCUGGCAUGAGCCUUAAUAUUAAAAUCCCUUUCAUCUGUGUUUAUACAAUUAAAGCUGUCAUUUCUUUUGCAUGUUUGCUGGAUGGGUUGAUUUGAAUUAUUGAUUUGAAUGAUUCCGUCCUAGACAGUGUGGGGUUUCAUGCUCGUAUGAUAUUUGCAGUUGUGUAGCGCUAGAUGUCAACUCAGGCAGAGAUACACAGUGCCACCUCCCAAAGGGAAAAUGGCUGGUUUUUCAAACACUGAUCCACUGCAGCAGACCUCUUGUUCAAAUCCAACAACUGACUGGAACAAUAUGUUCUGUCUAGUCUACCCGGAAUCUUAACAUGCUCCUCGUAAGCGUGAACACCUGAAUGUAUUUUAUACCAGUUGUCUUACCUGGGUAUGAUUUUCCUUCUCACAUUUAGACAACAACAGUGACUAGAGUAGUUAGAUAAGCUUCCAUUCCUAAGGUCCUGUCUGUUAAGGCAUUAGGACUGUUCAUCAAACAGGAUGGAGGCUCUGACAUUUCUAUUAAGUGGCUCUGUAUGAGACUGUUUGGCUCCGCUUAAUUUCAGAAAGAAAACUCCACGUAGAAUAUGUUUAACCAUUUAUUCAGCAAUGAAUAACGUAAGUCUUUGCGAUAUAGGCUCUACUCCUUCAAGGUAACUCACUGCCUGAUCAAAGCAUCCCAUUAUAAAAUAUAGCCUACGGGCAGUGAGUGCGGUAAGCUAUACCAAUCCCACAACACUGCAGAACCUUACGCCAGAUGCCUAUGUGUAGCUAUGGCAGAAGCACUAUUUAAAUAUUAUCUAAUGGGACUCCCGAGUGGUGCAGCGGUCUAAGGCACUGCAUCACAGUGCUUGAGGCGUCACUACAGUCCCAGGCUGUGUCACAACCGGCCGUGACCGAGAGUCCCAUAGGGCAGCGCACAAUUGGCCCAGCUUCAUCCGGGUUAGGGGAGGGUUUGGCACGGGGGGCUUUACUUGGCUCAUCGCGCUCAAUUUUGAACAGAGGUUUGCCAGGUGCUGCCCAUGCUCAGCAUACAGGCAGCAUAACAUGAAAGAGAGGACAAAGCAGUGUUAGUUCUGGUGAUGAUGACAAUGUUCCACAUGUGAGAGUCCAUGAAAGGAAGGAACAUUUAGUGUAUUCAGACUGAAGAACCCCUAAAGCCAUCAUACGGACCGCCUCUGGAAAAGCGUAAUGUAAACCCAACACCGUUGCCUUAACGUGAACUAAAACUUGUGCUACUGAGACAGAGGAGAGAUACUGUACUCUGAUAUCCAUGUUCGUUGCUUUUCCUUAGGCCAUGAAGAGUAGGCAGACAGAUGGAGUCUUGAGCAGACUGCACGCUGAAGGGUCCUGACGCCCAAUAUGAACUGAAUCCCUGCUAUUGGAGCAUGAUAAGGAGCAUUUGCCCAACUGAAAUUGGAAUGGAAAAGGCAUACGUGUUUAUAUAACAAAAUACAUUGUACAGAGAGAAGACCAUACAGUAGACUGCUGCAGAGCGCCACAGCUCAGCCAUGACAUACCAUAACAUAGCAUAAAACAUACAGUGUAACUAACAAACCCCCAAAACUGCAACUAAGGUUAGCUAAGUAUCCACAUGAUCUAAAUAGCCUAAUGUCCUACUGAAAUUGCUCAGCAGUAGCUGGUGCAUCUACAGCAUGCACAAUGUGCACAGUGAGAGUGACCUGAUAAUCAAAACCUAGACCUAAAAAUAGUCUACUUGAGCUGAAGGCUAAUGUCUAACGGUAUAUGCUGGUAAGCCAUGAGAGAAUAAUAAAUGAUGACCUGAUAACGAAAGAAAUAGACCCCAUUCAGUGCAUUUGGAAAGUAUUCCGAGCCCUUCACUUUUUCCACAUUUUGUUUCAUUAUGGCCUUAUUCUGUUUUUUUCCCCCUCAUCAAUCUACACACAAUACCCUAUAAUGACAAAGCAAAAACAGGUUUUUAGAAAUGUUUGCACAUAAAAAUGAAAAAUUAAAUGAAAAAGGAAAUAUUUCAUUUACAUAAGUAUUCAGACCCUUUACUCAGUACUUUGUUGAAGCACCUUUGGCAGCGAUUACAGUCUCAACUCUUCUUGGGUAUGACGCUACAAGCUUGGCACACCUGUAUUUGGGGAGUUUCUCCCAUUCUUCUCUGCUCAAGGACAUUCAGAGACUGGGCCUGAAGCCACUCCCACGUUGUCUUGGCUGUGUGCUUAGGGUUGUUGUCCUGUUGGAAGGUGAACCUUGGCCCCAGUCUGAGCGCACUGGAACAGGUUUUCAUCAAGGAUCUCUCUGUACUUUGCUCGUUUCAUCUUUCUCUCGAUCCUGACUAGUCUACCAGUCCCUGCCACUGAAAAACAUCCCCACAGCAUGAUGUUGCCACCACCAUGCUUCACCGUAGGGAUGGUAUUGGCAAGGUGAUGAGCGGUGCCUGGUUUCCUCCAGAAGUGAUGUUUUGCAUUCAGGCCAAAAAGAUCAUCAAGGACAUCAACCAACCGAGCCACUGCCUGUUCACCCCGCUAUCAUCCAGAAGCCAAGGUCAGGACAGGUACAUCGAAGCUGGGACCGAGAGACUGAAAAACAGUAUCUAUAUCAAGGCCAUCAGACUGUUAAAAUAUACAUCAAUAGCCGGCUACCACCCGGUUACUCAACCCUGCACCUUAGAGGCUGCUGCCAUUUGUACAUACAGUGCAUUUGGGAAGUAUUCUUUUUCCACAUUUUGUCUGCACAAAAUACCCCAUAAUGACAAAGCGAAAACAGGUUUUUAGAAAUGUUUGCAAAUGUAUUACAAAUAAAAAACAGAAAUACCUUAUUUACAUAAGUAUUCAGACCCUUUGCUAUGAGACUCGAAAUUGUGCUCAGGUGCAUCCUGUUUCCAUUGAUCAUACUUGAGAAUCCACCUAUAAAAAGAGACAAUUCUCUCAGUAGUAAAACACGGGAUAGCAUGACUAAUUUUGUAAUUUUCCCCCACAAUAGGCUUAAUGGAUGCUUUUGAGAACCAAAAACAUGUGGAUUGUUUGUAGUAGGCUAGUGUUCUAUUGUAAGCUAGUGUUCUAUUGUAAUCAUGAUACAAAGCCUUGGUGUGAGAGCUGUGUGUGGGCGCCUACUCUGAGCCACUCUGCUGUGCUGCUGUCGUGUGUUAGGGAAGUAUCCGGUCCCUGCUGAGGUGGAACACUAAGGCUGGAGGUCACUCCUCAUAGGUCACUUAAAGCCACACAGCAGUCCAACCUAUUGCAUCUCAUUCACACAAAAUGCUGCACAUGGGUUGACAUUUACUAAGACCUGGCACCACUGAAAGGCCGUCUUAAGACCUAUGACGAGUGGCUUAAGGUGCCCUUUAAACUAUACACUCCGUAUACACGCCACCCUCUGAGAGCUGACAAACUAGUCUCUCACAUUUAAGGUUAAGAGCAUAAUAUAAUUCAUUAUACAACAGUAAAUGCAAAUAGAACAAAUGCAUUGCAUCUCAUUAUCACAACAAUCUAUUCCUUUUUGUAGUGAAACAAGCAAAGUAUGUUGAUCACUACCUCAAACGUUGCUCAUCACAUCAAAGUUGGUUCUAUCUGAUAUAUACUCUAUUACUUUGUUUAAAUUAUGGAUCAAGACCACUGAUGUGCAGACCUGAGUUGACAACGCAUAUACAGACAGAAAGAAAAUAGGAACUCUACUUUUCAUAUCCUCAAAGGAAACCCAGACAGGCUGUCCUUCUCCACACCAGUCCAGUCCAUUAGUCUACACUCCACAUGAGAUUGGUGGCACCUUAAGUGGAAUGGUAUCAAAUACAUCAAACACAUGGUUUUCAUGUGUUUGAUGCCAUUCCAUUUGCUCCAUUGAAGCCAUUAUUAUGAGCCGUCCUUUCCUCAGCAGUCUCUUGUGUUACACACAGACAGACAGAGCCAUUCUCCUAAUCUUCCGAGAAUAUAUGAUCAUCCUAUAUUUACUGAGAGACUCAAACCAGAUCUCCUGACGUCUGGAGUAUUCUGAUAAUUCUCUCUAAGAACUUAACCCAAUCUACUCUCUCACGCUCUACUCACCAGGGAAGAAUGACAUCUUUGGAGAAAUGAUCCAUCUUUACACCAAGCCUGGGAAGUCCAAUGCAGAUGUGAGAGCCCUGAGUUACUGUGACCUGCACACGAUCCAGAGAGAAGAUCUCUUGGAGGUGCUUGAUAUGUACCCAGAGUUCGCUGAUUUCUUCCUGACAAACCUGGAGCUGACAUUCAACCUCAGAGACGAGAAUGGCAAGGUACAUUUACAUCAGAUGGUCCUAACACAAGCCUAUUGGGUCCUCUGUCAAAACUGUAUGGUCAGUAACCAUAGGCUGCGUCCCAAAUGGCACAAUAUUCCCUUUAUAGUGCACUUCUUUUGACCAAGGCCCAUAGGGUAGAGUAUAUGGAAUAGGGUGCCAUUUGGGAUGCAGCGUAUUCUAUAGCAUAUUCUAACAAUGAAAUAGUCCUGACAAUAACAGAAAAAAAACAAGGCUUGCCAUAUGAGAUUGUGUAAAAUUAAAUGUCAUAUAAUCCUGGUAAAUCAGUAAUACCAUUUAAAAAAUCACUCACUGUAUUCCAAAGUAUUUGGAAAGGUAAUUGCAUGACGAUGACGUUAUGUUAAUGAAUCUACACUGACUUUACUUAACAUUCCUUAAAGGUCCAAUGCAGCUGUUUUUUCGAUCUCAAUUUCAAAUCAUUUCUGGGUAACAAUUAAUUAGCUUACAGUGAUUAUUUCCAAUUGAAAUGGUCAAAAAUAAGCAAAGAUACAUUUUUGGGGGGUUGCUAGGACUGUUUGUGAAUGGUCUGAGUGGGGAGGGGAAAACUGAAAACGAUCUGUUAUUGGCAGAGAGGUUUGGAACUCUUUCUUAUUUGUCUAUUAACUAAUUUACCACCUGGUGAUGUCACCAGGCUGGCCAAAAACUCCAUCCCACCACAACAGGUUGAGAUGUCAGACAGUCUUUUCAAACAGCACUUACACUAAAAUGGCAUUAUCAUCAUUUUCACAAUUUCACAGUAUUAUUCCAGCCUCAUAGUGUGUAAAUAUUCACUCACCGACCAGUAUAUUUGGUACACCACCCUGCUGACGAAAAUGGAUCUCUCCUACAGACAGUCAGUCACGUGGCCUUGGCUUGCUAUAUAAAGCAGGCAGACAGGCAUCGAGGCAUUCAGUUACUGUUCAAUUGAAAGUUAGAAUGUGCAAAACUAGUGACCUAAGCGACUUUGAGCGUGGUGUGAUCGUUGAUGCCAGGCGAGCCAUCCUGGGUUUUUCACAUACAACAGUGUCUAGGGUUUACAGAGAGGGGUGCGAUAAACAACAAACAUCCAGUCAGCGGCAGUCCUGUGGGCGAAAACAGCUAAUUGAUGAGGGACGUCAAAGGAGAAUGACAAGAAUCGUGCAAGCGAACAGAUGGGCCACAAACAGACAAAUAACGGCGCAGUACAACAGUGGUGUGCAGAACAGCAUCUCAGAACGCACAACUCGUCAAUCCUGGAUGGGCUAUUGCACCAGACGACCACACCGGGUUCCACUACUAUCAGCUAAAAACAAGAAGAAGCGGCUCCAGUGGGCACGCGAUCACCAACACUGGACAAUUGAGGAGUGGAAAACAUCACUUGGAACAUGACAGUGAGUUCUGUUUACUUGAGUGGCCUGCGCAGACCUCAACCCAAUGGAGCAUCUUUGGGAUGAGAUGGAACAGGCUGUUCGCAGCAUGAUCUACCUCCAUCCAAUCUGCAGCAACUGCGUGAUGCCAUCGUGUCAGCAUGGACCAACAUCCCUGUGGAAUGUUUCCUUACACCUUGUAGAAUGCCCCGAAGAAUUCAGGCUGUUCUGGAGGCAAAGGGGGGUCCGACCCUGUACUAAAUGGGUGUACCUAAUAAAGUUGCCGGUGAGAGUAUAUACAGUGGGGGAAAAAAGUAUUUAGUCAGCCACCAAUUGUGCAAGUUCUCCCACUUAAAAAGAUGAGAGAGGCCUGUAAUUUUCAUCAUAGGUACAUGUCAACUAUGACAGACAAAAUGAGAAAAACAUUCCAGAAAAUCCCAUUGUAGGAUUUUUAAUGAAUUUAUUUGCAAAUUAUGGUGGAAAAUAAGUAUUUGGUCAAUAACAAAAGUUUCUCAAUACUUUGUUAUAUACCCUUUGUUGGCAAUGACACAGGUCAAACGUUUUCUGUAAGUCUUCACAAGGUUUUCACACACUGUUGCUGGUAUUUUGGCCCAUUCCUCCAUGCAGAUCUCCUCUAGAGCAGUGAUGUUUUGAGGCUGUCGCUGGGCAACACAGACUUUCAACUCCCUCCAAAGAUUUUCUAUGGGGUUGAGAUCUGGAGACUGGCUAGGCCACUCCAGGACCUUGAAAUGCUUCUUACGAAGCCACUCCUUCGUUGCCCGGGCGGUGUGUUUGGGAUCAUUGUCAUGCUGAAAGACCCAGCCACAUUUCAUCUUCAAUGCCCUUGCUGAUGGAAGGAGGUUUUCACUCAAAAUCUCAUGAUACAUGGCCCCAUUCAUUCUUUCCUUUACACGGAUCAGUCGUCCUGGUUCCUUUGCAGAAAAACAGCCCCAAAGCAUGAUGUUUCCACCCCCAUGCUUCACAGUAGGUAUGGUGUUCUUUGGAUGCAGCUCAGCAUUAUUUGUCCUCCAAUCACGACGAGUUGAGUUUUUACCAAAAAGUUAUAUUUUGGUUUCAUCUGACCAUAUGACAUUCUCCCAAUCCUCUUCUGGAUCAUCCAAAUGCACUCUAGCAAACUUCAGACGGGCCUGGACAUGUACUGGCUUAAGCAGGGGGACACGUCUUGCACUGCAGGAUUUGAGUCCCUGGCAGCGUAGUGUGUUACUGAUGGUAGGCUUUGUUACUUUGGUCCCAGCUCUCUGCAGGUCAUUCACUAGGUCCCCCCAUGUGGUUCUGGGAUUUUUGCUCACCGUUCUUGUGAUCAUUUUGACCCCACGGGGUGAGAUCUUGCGUGGAGCCCCAGAUCGAGGGAGAUUAUCAGUGGUCUUGUAUGUCUUCCAUUUCCUAAUAAUUGCUCUCACAGUUGAUUUCUUCAAACCAAGCUGCUUACCUAUUGCAGAUUCAGUCUUCCCAGCCUGGUGCAGGUCUACAAUUUUGUUUCUGGUGUCCUUUGACAGCUCUUUGGUCUUGGCCAUAGUGGAGUUUGGAGUGUGACUGUUUGAGGUUGUGGACAGGUGUCUUUUAUACUGAUAACAAUUUCAAACAGGUGUCAUUAAUACAGGUAACGAGUGGAGGACAGAGGAGCCUCUUAAAUAAGAAGUUACAGGUCUGUGAGAGCCAGAAAUCUUGCUUGUUUGUAGGUGACCAAAUACUUAUUUUCCACCAUAAUUUGCAAAUAAAUUCAUUAAAAAUCCUACAAUGUGAUUUUCUGGAAUUUCUUUCUCUCAAUUUGUCUGUCAUAGUUGACGUGUUCCUAUGAUGAAAAUUACAGGCCUCUCUCAUCUUUUUAAGUGGGAGAACUUGCACAAUUGGUGGCUGACUAAAUACUUUUUAUCCCCACUGUAAAACACAGGACUGUCACGGUGUAGUAAUGGUGUGGUGUGGAAUCAGGCGCAGAAGCAGAUGUACAGUCCAACAAGACUUUACUAGUGAGAGCAAAAUAAUCCAAAAACGGCCGGAGGCCAAACAGACGCACACAGGCGUCAAAUACGAGCGCACAAACACAGGGCGCAAAAACUCUCCUCAACCGAGGAGGAAGCUAAUCGUAACUGGCGUACCGAAACACGGGUAACGCACAAACACCUGACACGAAACAAUUACACACAACACUACACUAACAACAAGGAAACUAAAUAGGGUGCUUAAUGAGACAUAACACAAGACAGGUGUGGCUAACAGACAAAACUAAUCAAACAGGAAACAUAGAACAUACAACGGUGGCAGCUAGAAUUCCGGAGACGACGAACGCCGAAACCUGCCCGAACAAGGGAGAGAGGCAGCCUCGGCCGAAACCGUGACAGUACCCCCCCCUUGACGCGCGGCUCCAGACAUGCGCCGACUCCGGCCUUGGGGACGACCCGGAGGACGUGGAGCAGGGCGCGUCGGAUACCCCCGAUGGAAUUCCGUCAGGAGCGACGGGUCCAAAAUGUCUCUCCUCGGCACCCAGCACCGCUCCUCCGGACCGUACCCCUCCCACUCCACUAGAUACUGGAGACCCCCCAUCCGACGUCUCGAAUCCAAGAUGGGCCUCACGGAGUACGCCGGUGCCCCCUCGAUGUCCAAUGGGGGCGGGGGAGUCUCCCCUAUCUCAUUUUCUUGGAGCGGGCCCGCUACCACCGGCCUGAGAAGGGACACAUGGAACGAGGGGUUAAUACACUUAUACUCCACAGGUAGCUGUAAUCUAUAACAUACCUCGUUCAACCUUCUCAGGACUUUAAAUGGCCCUACAAACCGCCGACCCAGUUUCCGACAGGGCAGGCGGAGGGGCAGGUUUCUGGUAGAGAGCCAGACUCGAUCACCAGGUGCGUACACCGGUGCCUCACUGCGGUGGAGAUCAGCGCUCGCCUUCUGACGUCGGAGGGCCCGCUGCAGGUGGACGUGUGCAGCGUUCCAAGUCUCCUCCGAGCGCCGCGCCCACUCAUCCACCGCAGGAGCCUCGAUCUGGCUCUGCUGCCAGGGUGCCAGAACCGGCUGGUAACCUAACACACAUUGAAAUGGAGUUAGGUUAGUGGAGGAAUGGCGUAGGGAAUUCUGGGCCAUCUCGGCCCAGGGAACGUACCUUGACCACUCCUCCGGCCGGUCCUGGCAGUAUGUUCUGAGAAACCUACCCACAUCCUGGUUUACGCGUUCCACCUGCCCAUUACUCUCCGGGUGGUACCCCGAGGUGAGGCUCACCGAGACCCCCAACCACUCCAUAAACGCUCUCCAGACUCUGGAGGUGAAUUGGGGACCCCGAUCAGCCACAAUGUCCUCGGGUACCCCGUAGUGCCGGAACACAUGGGUGAACAGUGCCUCGGCAGUUUGUAGGGCAGUAGGAAGACCCGGCAUGGGGAGCAAACGACAGGCCUUAGAGAACCGGUCCACAACGACCAGGAUGGUAGUAUUCCCUUGGGAGAGGGGAAGGUCUGUUAUAAAGUCCACAGAGAGGUGGGACCAUGGUCGUUGUGGAACGGGCAGGGGUAGCAACUUACCCCUAGGCAGAUGUCUAGGCGCCUUACACUGGGCGCACACCGAGCAGGAGGAAACAUAAACCCUCACAUCCCUUGCCAACGUGGGCCACCAGUACUUGGCACUAAGACAGUGCACUGUCCGGCCGAUACCCGGAUGUCCAGAGGAGGGUGACGUGUGAGCCCAAUAGAUCAAUCGAUCCCGAACCUCGAGCGGAACGUACUUCCGACCCUCCGGGCACUGUGGUGGACUAGGGUCGGUGCGUAACGCCCGCUCGAGUUCAGUAUCGACCUCCCACACUACCGGUGCCACCAGACACGACUCAGGCAGUAUGGGAGUGGGCUCCACGGACCUCUCCUCCGUGUCAUACCGCCGAGACAGCGCAUCUGCCUUGCCAUUCUGUGACCCAGGGAUGUACGUGAUCUUAAAAGUAAACCCCCUCAAGCCAGUGCCUCCACACCUUUAGAGCCUGUACCACGGCUAACAGCUCCCUGUCCCCUACGUCAUAGUUCCGCUCCGCCGGACUGAGCUUCUUAGAAUAAAAAGCACAGGGGCGGAGUUUAGGUGGCGCGCCAGACCGUUGUGAAAGCACGGCUCCUAAACCGGCCUCUGACGCGUCCACCUCUACCUGGAACGGCAAAGAGGGAUCCGGAUGCGCCAGCACCGGGGCCGAGGUAAACAGGUCCUUCAGCCUCCCAAACGCCCUGUCCGCCUCGGCCGACCACUGCAGACGCACCAGACCCCCCUUCAACAGAGACGUGAUGGGAGCUGCCACCUGUCCAAAACCCCGGAUAAACCUCCUGUAGUAAUUUGCAAACCCCAAAAACUGCUGCACCUCCUUCACAGUGGUUGGUGUUUGCCAAUUACGCACGGCCGACACCCGGUCUACCUCCAUCUUCACCCCUGACGCAGACAACUGAUAACCCAAAAAGGAGACCGACUCCUGGAAAAACAGACACUUCUCUGCCUUCACAUACAGGUCGUGCUCCACCAGCCUCCGCAACACUCUACGCACCAGGGCCACAUGCUCGACACGGGUAGGCGAGUACACGAGAAUGUCAUCAAUGUACACAACCACCCCCUGCCCCUGCAUGUCCCUGAAGAUCUCAUCCACGAAUGAUUGGAAAACUGACGGAGCGUUCAUCAACCCGUAUGGCAUGACCAGAUACUCGUAAUGGCCCGAGGUGGUACUAAAGGCUGUCUUCCAUUCAUCACCCUCCCUGAUGCGCACCAAGUUGUACGCGCUCCUGAGAUCUAAUUUCGUGAAGAAACGCGCCCCAUGCAACGACUCAGUCAUGGUCGCAAUCAGCGGGAGUGGAUAACUGUACUUCACCGUAAUCUGAUUGAGACCACGGUAAUCGAUGCACGGGCGCAAACCACCAUCCUUUUUCUUCACAAAAAAGAAACUCGAGGACACAGGGGAAGUGGAAGGCCGUAUGUAUCCUUGUCUCAGAGAUUCGUCUAUGUAAAUCUCCAUAGCUUUCUUCUCCUCCUGAGACAGAGGAUACACAUGGCUCCGUGGGAGCGCAGCUCCUGCCUGGAGGUCUAUCGCACAAUCUCCCUGCCUAUGGGGUGGCAACCGCGUCGCCCUCGCCUUACUAAACGCAAUAGCCAAAUCCCCAUACUCAGGGGGAACGUGCAAUGCGGGCACCUGGUUUGGACUCUCCACCGAGGUAGCCCCUACGGAAACGCCCAAACAUCUACCCACACACUGAGCAGACCACUCCAUCAGAGCCCUCUCCUGCCACGAAAUAGCUGGGUUAUGGGUACUCAACCAGGGCAUGCCCAGCACCACCGGAUACGCAGGAGAGUCAAUCAGGAACAGCUGAAUCAUCUCCUGAUGAUCCCCCUGCGCACACAUCCUAAGUGGCGCCGUGACCUCCCUGAUUAAGCCCGUACCCAACGGACGACUAUCUAGGGCAUGAACGGGGAAAGGAACAUCAACAGGAAUAAGGGGAAUCCCUAACGCUAAACAAAACUUUUUAUCAAUAAAAUUCCCAGCCGCGCCUGAAUCUACCAGCGCCUUAUGCUGGGAAUGAGGUGCUACCUGUGGAAAACGCACAGGCAUCCAAAAAUGGGCAACAGUGAGCUCUGGGUGAGUGGGGCGCCUACUCACCUGGAGGGAAUCCCCAGUGCGGGACCUGUCGUCAUCCUCCCUAGGAGGCCAUCCCCAGCACCUAGCCGCGGUGUGUCCUCCCCGACCACAGUUGGUGCAGUGGAUGGACCCCCUACCCAACCGACUCCUCCUCUCUCUAGCGCCAGCGCCCCCGAGCUCCAUAGGACACGGCUCGGAGGCGCUGGAGGGUGAAAUGGACGGACCCCCCUCAGGACGUCCGCGGGUAGCCAAUAGGUUAUCCAGCCUGAUGGACAUGUCGACCAGCUGGUCGAAAGAGAGACUGGUGUCCCUACAAGCCAGCUCCCGACGGACGUCCUCUCGUAGGCUACAUCUGUAUAGAUCGACGAGGGCCCGCUCAUUCCACCCUGCAUCUGCCGCUAGAGUACGGAAUUCGAGAGCGAAUUCUUGGGCACUCCUCCUCCCCUGCCGGAGGAAGACCAGACGCUCCCCCGCCGCUUUCCCCUCCGGGGGAUGGUCAAACACCGCCCUGAAGCGGCGGGAGAACUCGUUGUAGGUGAUCGUCUCGGCGUCGAUCUUCCUCCACUCCGCGUUGGCCCAUUCCAACGCCUUCCCGGACAGGCAGGAGAUCAGGGCGGACACGCUCUCAUGCCCCGAGGGUGCCGGGUGUACGGUGGCCAGGUACAGCUCCACCUGGAGGAGGAAUCCCUGACACCCAGCCGCGGUUCCGUCGUAGGCCCUCGGGAGAGAGAGUCGGAUUCCUCGGGGUUCUGGCGCUGGAAUGGGCGGACUGGCCGAUGGUGCUGGCAGGGAGGGAGGUGGUGGAGGCGCUCCCUAGCCUCGGAGCGUGGUGAUCACCUCCUGCAGGGCGGUCCCCAUCUGCUGUAUCUGGUCCUGUUGUUCCCGAACCUGGACCUCCAGUCUCGUCGGGGCUGCUUCGGCUCCUGCUGAUUCCAUGUCGGGUGUGUAAUUCUGUCACGGUGUAGUAAUGGUGUGGUGUGGAAUCAGGCGCAGAAGCAGAUGUACAGUCCAACAAGACUUUACUAGUGAGAGCAAAAUAAUCCAAAAACGGCCGGAGGCCAAACAGACGCACACAGGCGUCAAAUAUGAGCGCACAAACACAGGGCGCAAAAACUCUCCUCAACCGAGGAGGAAGCUAAUCGUAACUGGCGUACCGAAACACGGGUAACGCACAAACACCUGACACGAAACAAUUACACACAACACUACACUAACAACAAGGAAACUAAAUAGGGUGCUUAAUGAGACAUAACACAAGACAGGUGUGGCUAACAGACAAAACUAAUCAAACAGGAAACAUAGAACAUACAACGGUGGCAGCUAGAAUUCCGGAGACGACGAACGCCGAAACCUGCCCGAACAAGGGAGAGAGGCAGCCUCGGCCGAAACCGUGACAAGGACAAUCAAGUUUUUGGGCCAUUAACUAUGCUCAGGGCCACCGCUAUAAAAUGUUCCUGUAUCAGAUUAUAUCAUAUUAAUUAUUUAAUAUUACAUUACAUUUGCGAGAUGGGCCUAGUGAUCGAUCCCAAAUGGCACCUUAUUCCUUAUUGAGAGCACUACUUUUGACCAAAGCCCUGGCUUCUGGUCAAAGGUUUUAAUAAUAUUAUAUACUAUUUGCGAGAUGGGCCUAGUGUGCAUCUCAAAUGGCACCCUAAUCCCUAUUUAGAGCACUACUUUCACCAGAGUUCUGGGCCCUGGUCAAAUGAAGUGCACUAUAAAGGGAAUAGGGUGCCAUUUAGAACGCAGUUUCAGUGAUUGUACGUGCUGAUGUUUCCAUCUACACAGGCUGCGUAUUCUCACGCUAGUGAUUCCGAUCCAGAAGACAUUAAGAGCACAAAGAGCCCAAGAAGAAUCUCCGUCACACCACAUCCAAUUGAAGGUGGGUUCCAGAUUCACACUCCGCACGAGCACUUCCUCUUUUGCAUGCAUUUGUUUUAUUGUUCUUUUUCACUGAGCAGCUCUCUAAGUCCCAGAAGAGAUCAGUGCUUUCUUUCUGUGGCACUAGAGCACGGGUGUAUUCCACUGACUCGUGUUGAUUACAAUUCCACAGGGGGAAGCAACAAGGAAACAGAAAAUGACUCGGAGAAGGAGUCCUACUCUGGCCUAAAGAGAGCUUCAGUUGACCUGAAAUGCUCAGGGAAGGCGGAGCAGAGGUCCCUGGGGUUGGCCAUCCAGAGGUGUCCCUCGGUGGAAGACCCUGCACUGGGGCUUGACUCUAAUAAUACCGGAGACAUCCAGGCUAGAGACAGCAUGGAGAGAACUCCCUCUUAUGACGAUAACAUUGGUAAGCAGAAAUACAAUGAUAACCCUUACUGUGCUCACACAUUACAUUUGGUUCAUUAUCCAUCGAUGAUCUAGUCCCAACAUAUUUAGUUUGUCAGCGAUCAGGUUUUCAAGAUAUAUAACUUUCUAAAUACAGAAAUACAGCCAGUAUGAUGCAUUUUGCAUAUAUAGUGUAUACACAAGUAUGUGGACACUCCUUCAAAUUAGUGGAUUCUGCUAUUUCAGCCACAUCCGUUGUUGACCAGUGUAUAAAAUCGAUCACACAGCCAUACAAUCUCCAUAGACAAACAUUGGCAGUAGAAUGGCCUUACUGAAGAGCUCAUUGACUUUCAACGUGGCACCGUCAUAGGAUGCCACCUUUCCAACUAGUCAGUUCGUCAAAUUACUACCCUGCUAGAGCUGUCAACUGUAAGUCCUGUUAUUAUGAAGUGGAAACAUCUAGGAGCAACAACGGCUCAGACGUGAAGUGGUAGGCCACACAAGCUCACAGAACGGGACCGCCGAGUGCUGAAGCAAGUAGAGCAUAAAAACCUUCUGUCCUCAGUUGCAACACUCACUACCGAGUUCCAAACUGCCUCUGGAAGCCUAAGAUCAACAUGUGCAAUGCCAAGCGUCGGCUGGAGUGGUGUAAAGCUCGCCGCCAAUGGACUCUGGAGCAGUGGUAAUGCGUUAUCUGGUAUGUUGAAUUAUACUUCACCAUCUGGCAGUCCGACGGACGAAUCUGGGUUUGGCAGAUGCCAUGAGAACACUACAUGCCCCAAUGCAUAGUGCCAACUCUAAAGUUUGGUGGAGGAAGAAUAAUGGUCUGGGGCUAGGCCCCUUAGUUCCAGUAAAGGGAAAUCUUAACACUACAGCAUACAAUGACAUUCUAGACGAUUCUGUGCUUCCAACUUUGUGGCAACAGUUUGGGGAAGGCCCUUUCCUGUUUCAGCAUGACAAUGCCCCGUGCACAAAGCGAGGUCCAUACAGAAAUGGUUUGUCGAGAUCGGUGUUUAAGAACUUGACUGGCCUGCACAGAGGUUGUUAUAGCAGCAAAGGGGGACCAACUCCAUAUCAAUGCCCAUGAUUUUGGAAUGAGAUGUUCGACGUGCAGGUGUCCACAUUCUUAUGGUCAUAUAGUGUAUGUCUAAAGAUGUUAGGUAAAGUGGGACUUUUUGUAUCAACUUAUGUGACAUCAAAGAGGUCCAACCAACUUUCUGGUAGAGAAUGCAGUGAUGAGUACUAAAAUUGUCGCCAAUAAUAAAGCGCAGUGCGCUAUGAUAUACUGCAUCUAAUGGCUUAAAUGAAUUGGCAGUUCAUAUAGAUGAUGUCACCAUAGUCUUGGACUGAUAGGGACAUCAACUGAAUAAUCUGCUUUCUACUUCUAUAGAAGAACGCCAUUUUUAUUCUCAGCUUCUUAACUCAUCAAUAUGCUUUUAAAAGACAGCUUUUCAUCCAACCAGAUACCCAGAUAUUUGUAAGCAGGGACAUGAUCAAUAUGGACACCAACCAAAGUACAUAAGCUUAAAUCAGUUAUUUUUAUGCACUUUUUUUAACCUGCAUUCAAUACUAAUUUCAGGUCAGUAAAGUUUUUUUGUAAUACAAUGAAGGCAGACUGUAGUUCAGAUAGAUCCUGGUCAACAAUGGAGGCAAUAGCACACACAACAGCAUCAUCGGCAUACAAGUGCAGGUUACAUUUUUUUACAGACAACUCGAUAUUGUUAAUGUAAACAGUAAUAUGUGCUGGACCCAGAAUCGACCCCUGCAAGACACCUUUCAUAAUAUCCAGGAAACCUGAUUUAACACCAUCAGUAGAUACACAUUGAGUUCUAUCUGUGAAGUCAUUUUUAAACCUGUUACAUGCAACCUGGUCAGGGCAAAUUGAGGAAAGCCUCUGAGUUAGCAGUCAGUGAUCAACCUUAUCGAAAGCCUACGACAGGUCAAUGAAGAGGGCAGCACAAUGUUGCCUUUUAACCAUAGAGUUAACCACAUCAUUAAUAACUAGAGAUGAAGCAUAGAUGGUGCUAUGAUCUGGUCUAAAACCCGACUGAUGUACACUACCGGUCAAAAGUUUUAGAACACCUACUCAUUCAAGGGUUUUCCUUUAUUUGUACUAUUUUCUACAUUGUAGAAUAAUAGUGAAGACAUCAAAACCAUGAAAUAACACAUAUGGAAUCAUGUAGUAACCAAAAAAGUGUUAAACAAAUCAAAAUAUAUUUUAUAUUUGAGAUUCUUCAAAUACCUAACCUUUGCCUUGAUGACAGCUUUGCACACUCUUGGCAUUCUCUCAACCAGUUUCAUGAGGUAGUCACCUGGAUACAUUUCAAUGAACCGGUGUGCCUUCUUAAAAGUCAAUUUGUGGAAUCUAUUUCCUUCUUAAUGCAUUUGAGCCAAUCAGUUGUGUUGUGACAAGGUGGGGGGUAUACAGAAGAUAGCCCUAUUUGGUAAAAGACCACGUCCAUAUUAUGGCAAGAACAGCUCAAAUAAGCAAAGAGAAACAACAGCCAUCAUUACUUUAAGACACAAAGGUCAGUCAAUACGGAACAUUUCAAAAACGUUGAACGUUUCUUCAAGUGCAGUCGCAAAAACCAUCAAGCGUUAUGAUGAAACUGGCUCUCAUCAGGACCGCCACAGAAAUGGAAGACCCAGAGUUACCUCUGCUGCAGAGGAUAAGUUCAUUAGAGUUACCAGCCUUAUAAAUUGCAGCCCAAAUAAAUGCUUCACAGAGUUCAAGUAACAGACAUAUCUCAACAUUAACUGUUCAGAGGAGACUGUGUGAAUCAGGCCUUCAUGGUCGAAUUGCUGCAAAGAUACCACUACCAAAGGACACCAAUAAGAAGAAGAGACUUGCUUGGGCCAAGAAACACGAGCAAUGGACAUUAGACCGGUGGAAACUUGUCCUUUGGUCUGGAGUCCAAAUUUGAGAGAUUUGGUUCCAACCGCCGUGUGUUUGUGAGACGCAGUGUGGGUGAACAGAUGAUCUCCGCAUGUGUAUUUCCCACCGUAAAGCAUGGAGGAGCAGGUGUUAUGGUGUGUUUUUUUUGUUGCUGGUGACACUGUCUGGGAUUUAUUUAGAAUUCAAGGCACACAACCAGCAUAGCUACCACAGCAUUCUCCAGCGAUACGCCAUCCCAUCUGGUUUGGGCUUAGUGGGACUAUCAUUUGUUUUUCAACAGGACAAUGACCCAACACACCUCCAGGCUGUGUAAGGGCUAUUUUACCAAGAAGGAGAGUGAUGGAGUGCUGCAUCAGAUGACCUGGCCUCCACAAUACCCCGACCUCAACCAAAUUGAGAUGGUUUGAGUCGGACUGUGGGAACUCCUUCAAGACUGUUGGAAAAGCAUUCCAGGUGAAGCUGGCUGAGAGAAUGCCAAGAGUGUGCAAAGCUGUCAUCAAAGCAAAGGGUGGCUAUUUGAAGAAUCUCAAAUCUCAAAUAUAUUUUGAUUUGUUUAACACUUUUUUGGUUAUUACAUGAUUCCAUAUGUGUUAUUUCAUAGUUUUGAUGUCUUCACUAUUAUUCUACAAUGAAUGAGUAGGUUUUCUAAAACUUUUGACUGGUAGUGUACAUUUAGAAUACUUUUCAAAGAUAAUAUCUUAUCUGAGAAUUAAUCAAGGAUUCUAAUAUUUUAGCUAGGCAAGAAAGUUUAGAAAUAGGGUGAUCAUUAUUUAGGUCACAAGGGUCACCACCUUUGUGAAGGGGGAGUACAUGGGCUGCCUUCUAAACCUUUGGGAUAGUACCAGAUAUAAAUAUGGGUUAGUGAUUCAGAAAUCAGGGGUGCAGAGAGCUGCUGCUAAAAUGGAUCAAGCAUAUCAGCCCCAGUGGAUGUUUCAAGAAAAAAGACAACAGAAAGAGGAGUGUGUGUUACAGUCUGGGCGUUCCAAAAGCUCCUGCUACAUCAGACAAACGUGAUGAAAGUUCAUUAUCAGCCUGUCGUUUGUUUCAAAUCACAAAAGAGCUGCUCUUACCCACACCAGCAUUAAUCAAUGUACACAGCAUGUAUUAGCAGUGUGUCUAGCAGAAAUAUCACCAGAGUUAGCCUGACUAUGACCCACUACUUUAUUAUUUGUUUAUUUGCAUCCCCAUUAGCUUUUGCAGAAGCAGCAGCUACUCUUCCUGGGGUCCACAAAAAACAAAACAAUACAUGACAAGUACCAAAACACUGAUACACUGAUAGACAAGGGCAGUUAUACAAAUGUUUAAUUCCAACAAUAUACAAACAAUACAACCACAAAAAAUAAUACAAACAACACAACAAAAUAGUUGUGUGUUAGAUUGUCUAUGUGUGCGUGUGUUUGUGUGUGUCCCCUCACAGUCCCCGCCGUUCCAUUAGAUUUUUUAAAUCCGUUUUUUAAAAGGUCAUUUUGAUAUUUUCUGGAGUAAUUGGAGAUAAAAGGUCCCAUGCGAUAAUGGCUCUGUAUAAUACUGUGCGUUGCCUGAAUUUGUUUUGGACUUGGGGAUAGUGAAGAGACCCCUGGUGGCAGGGCUCGACAUUAAGGCUUGUCCGGGGCAAAUAAUAGAAUAGUCGGACAAGCAGAAUAUAGAUCUCAGUUGUCCGAAUGGCCAAGUAAAAAAAAAUCACAAUAUCAAACAAUUACUCAGAUCAGAAUUGGAUCAGGUAGCGGCACUGCCACAGUGCACAGCAGGGCAGUGCAUGGUUGAAAAUGAGUAAAUUGGCUAUAUUCCUAUUUGCUAUAGCCUAUUUCAAUAAAUGUGUUAUAUUUACACAAAGCAAGAGAACAAUGUAGACAGAGCUAAGAUUCUGACCAAAGUAGCGGAAAAUAUUUGGUUAGAAAAUAUAUAUAUAUUUUUCUCUCUCUCAUAUUUUUAUAGCAGACACUCCGGUGUCUUAUUGUUGCAAAAGCCCAAAUGUUAUAUUUUCUCUCCAUUUGAUAUGAAUAUGACUUGGCCUAUUAAGCCACUCUUUCAGUUUAAUGCAUGCUAGAUUUGCAAUGUGAAACCUACAUACAAUGCAUAUAAUAGCCUAGGCCUAAUAAGAGGGGAGGAUGAGAAAAAAUGUGAAUCAGUUUAUAAUUAUCCUGUUCUGAGGACAGCAGAGUUGCUCUGCAGCCCAUGACGAUGUAUCACCCAUCACAAGACACACAGCCAGCGGGACUCGUUAACUGUGUCACUCGAUACAUCUGCACGCUUCUGCAUAAGGCCUUGCUAAAGAUUUGGCUCCACUAAAUAUAUUUAGUCAAUGUCAUUAUUCCUCGUCCCUCCCGUAGAAUGCCAGCCAGUCUUCUUGUAUUUACUUAUUUACUUUUCUUUGUACAUUAUUUUGGAUGGUCACUAGGGGCCGAUAACAUUGUCUAUGGCAGGGGUGUCCAACUCAUUCCAUAGAGGGCUUAGUGUCUGCUGGUUUGUUUUUUUCAUCAAUUAAGAUCUAGACAACCAGGUGAGGUCCUAAUAUCAUUUACCUUAUUCAUCAAUCAAGUACAAGGGAGGACGAAAACCCGCAAAAUGUUAUAAAUUGAUUUGCAUUAAAUGAGGGAAAUACGUAUUUGACCCCUCUGCAAAACAUGACUACAUGACUACUUGGUGGCAAAACCCUUGUUGGCAAUUACAGAGGUCAGACGUUUCUUGUAGUUGGCCACCAGGUUUGCACACAUCUCAGGAGGGAUUUUGUUCCACUCCUCUUUGCAGAUCUUCUCCAAGUCAUUAAGGUUUCGAGGCUGACGUUUGGCAACUCGAACAUUCAGCUCCACUCCACAUAUUUUCUACGGGAUUAAGGUCUGGAGACUGGCUAGGCCACUCCAGGACCUUAAUGUGCUUCUUUUUUGAGCCACUCCUUUGUUGCCUUGGCCGUGUAUUUGGGUCAUUUUCAUGCUGGAAUACCCAUCCACGACCCAUUGUCAAUGCCCUGUCUGAGGGAAGGAGGUUCUCACCCAAGAUUUGGACGGUACAUGGCCCCCUCCAUCGUCCCUUUGAUGCGGUGAAGUUGUCCUGUCCCCUUAGCAGAAAAAACACCCCCAAAGCAUAAUGUUUACACCUCCAUGUUUGACGGUGGGGAUGGUGUUCUUGGGGGUCAUAGGCAGCCAUUCCUCCUCCUCAAACACGGCGAGUGAGUUGAUGCCAAAGAGCUCAAUUUCGGUCUCAUCUGACCACAACACUUUCAACCCAGUUCUCCUCUGAAUCAUUCAGAGUGUUCAUUGGCAAACUUCAGACGGCCCUGUAUAUGUGCUUUCUUGAGCAGGGGGACCUUGCGGGUGCUGCAGGAUUUCAGUCCUUCACGGCGUAGUUUGUUACCAAUAGUUUUCUUGGUGACUAUGGUCCCAGCUGCCUUGAGAUCAUUGACAAGAUUCUCUCGUGUAGUUCUGGGCUGAUUCCUCACCGUUCUCAUGAUCAUUGCAACUCCACGAGGUGAGAUCUUGCAUGGAGCCCCCAGGCCGAGGGAGAUUGACAGUGUUUUUGUGUUUCUUCCAUUUGCGAAUAAUCACACCAACUGUUGUCACCUUCUCACCAAGCUGCUUGGUGAUGGUCUUGUAGCCCAUUCCAGCCUCGUGUAGGUCUACAAUCUUGUCCCUGACAUCCUGGAGAGCUCUUUGGUCUUGGCCAUGGUGGAGAGUUUGGAAUCUGAUUGAUUGAUUGCUUCUGUGGACAGGUGUCUUUUAUACAGGUAACAAACUGAAAUUAGGAGCACUCCCUUUAAGAGUGUGCUCCUAAUCUCAGCUCGUUACCUGUAUAAAAGACACAUGGGAGCCAGAAAUCUUUCUGAUUGAGAGGGGGUCAAAUACUUAUUUCCCUCAUUCAAAUGCAAAUCAAUUUAGAACAUUGUUGACAUGCGUUUUUCUUGAUUUUUUUGUUGUUAUUCUGUCUCUCACUGUUCAAAUAAACCUACCAUUAAAAUUAUAGACAGAUCAUUUCUUUGUCAGUGGGCAAACGUACAAAAUCAGCAGGGGAUCAAAUACUUUUUUCCCUCACUGUAUGAUCAAUACAAGUGGAUGUCACAGAUCCAACACUAUUGGUAUGCACUGUAGUUGGUUUGAGUGAUAACCUGGGUCAUAAUACAGCUCUUGAAGUCAAUGUUCAGGUCACCCAGAAAAUAGAGCUCUCUGUUAACAUCACACCCAGUAUCAAGCAUUGCACACAUAUUAUCCAAAUACUGACUGUUAGCACUUGGUGGCCUAUAGCAGCACCCCAAAAGAAGAGGCUUUAGAUGAGGCAGGUGAACUUGCAACCACAACACCUCAACAACAUUUGACAUGAGAUCCUCUCUAAACUUUACAGGAUUAUGGCUCUGAAGCUAUACAGCAACACCUCCCCCAUAGGCAUUCCUGUCUUUUCUGUAGAUGUUAUAUCCUUGUACUGCUGUAUCAUCAAAGGAAUGAUCUAAGUGAGUUUCAGAGAUGGCCAGUACAUGAAUGUUAUCCGAUGAUAGCAAGUUACUGAUUUCAUGAACCUUAAUUCUAAGGCUACAUACAUUAAUAGGGGCUAUUCUUAGCCCUUUCCUGGGUAGCUUAUCGGAGGUAGAAAUAAUAUAUUUUAAAAAGUUAAAAACAUUGUUUGGCUAAUAGAGUCAGUCAAUCAGGCACUUGUGAGUGUGUGUUGUUGGGCUGAAGCUACUGACCCGGAAGCUUGGUUCUCUCACUUCUCCCAGGCUUUUGGGAGGGAGCGUGGGGAAUGAGCUUGUCGUAGUGGAUGUAAGCAAUGUCCCCACACUCUCUGGUAGCUUUCAUAGCUGGGAUAAGUUCUUUCCACCUCUGGCACACAGCUUCAGAGAAGUCCUCGUUGAGGAAGAUGUUGGUUCCUCUCAAGUUCUUGGCUCUCUCCAGAAAUUCCAUCUUGUCCUUGAACCUUAGGAACUUGUCCCACUAUGUCCCACUACAAAAUAGAAAACAAUUUUGUCUCCUGAAACACUAGCUAGGCAAAUAAAUUACAAACACAAGGAACAACACACAGCAGCUUUUCACCAAAAGAUGAAUAGUGUUCUAUUUUAGUGGUUGGUUGGUUUAGUGAUUACCAGGCUCCUAUGCUCUGACCCACAUGUGAACUUGUAAAGGAUGUGUUUCCCUCCCUCGCCAGAUCUGUGCAAUGACAAAUGGGACUGCGAGAAGCCCCGAGACUACCUGGAUGAGUCAGCACAAUUGCAGGACCUGAGGGGCGAGGAUGACGACGCCAGUGAAAUCACAUACGGAGAGGUGGAGCAACGCUUAGAUCAGCUCCAAGAGCACUUAAACAGGUAGGCCUACUGUACUGCACUCCUUUGGCCAUCUCUGACCUUUACAAUGUAAUGUCUAACAUUCAUGGAAAUCUAGCUUAAAUCCAGCUAUAAAGCACUUGUUUUUCUAUACUGUCUCAUGGAGACAAUGGAAAUUCUGAAUUCGCAUAAAAAGUCCAUUGUUGUUACUGUUGCAUUUUGUGAAUCCGUCUGGCCCUGUGGGCACCUCAUGACUGAAAUCUAUGAAUCCCAAAUAGACAAGUCACCCAGAAUGUGUCUAAAAGCUGUUAUAAAACCAUACGAAAAAUGACAGCACACACUCUCCAAUGAAUACAAAUUCAAACAACAUCACAACAUGUAAACAGAAACUUGUUCCAUGUGCAGUAUUAUAUUUGAAUCUCCAUUAUUUCCUGAGGCAGUUAAACAGGUUGAGAGGAGAGAUAUCAACACACCUGCAGCCAGCAGGCUGCCGAGAGCAGACAGACAAACAGAAGGUGGUAUUUUUAGCAGGAAUUAUCACAGAGAAUAGGAGACCUCAAAUAAAAUCUUAUUCGUCACAUCAAAUCAAAUCAAAUUGUAUUUGUCACAAGUGCCGAAUACAACAGCUGUAGACCUGACCGUGAAAUGCUUACUUACAAGCCCUUAACCAACAAUACAGUUUUAAGAAAAAUAAGAGGUAUGAAAAAUAGUUAUUAAAUAAACUAAAGUAAAAAAUUUAAGAGCAACAAUGAAAUAACAAUAACGAGGCUAUAUACAGGUACCGGUACUGAGUCAAUGUGCGGGGGGUACAGGUUAGUUGAGGUAAUUGAGGUAAUAUGUACAUGUAGGUAGGGGUAAAGUGACUAUGCAUAGAUAAUAGUUAAUAAACAGCAAGUAGCAGCAGUGUAAAAAAAAAGGUCUGGGGCUAACCCCUUAGUUCCAGUGAAGGGAAAUCGUAACACUACAGCAUACAAUGACAUUCUAGACGAUUCUGUGCUUCUAACUUUGUGGCAACAGUUUGGGGAAGGCCCUUUCCUGUUUUAGCAUGACAAUGCCCCGUGCACAAAGUGAGGUUCAUACAGAAAUGGUUUGUCGAGAUUGGUGUUUAAGAACUUGACUGGCCUGCACAGAGGUUGUUUAUAGCAGCAAAGGGGGGACCAACUCCAUAUUAAUGCCCAUGAUUUUGGAAUGAGAUGUUCGACGUGCAGGUGUCCACAUACUUUUGGUCAUAUAGUGUAUGUCUAAAGAUGUUAGGUAAAGUGGGACUUUUUGUAUCAACCUAUGUGACAUCAAAGAGGUCCAACCAACUUUCUGGUAGAGAAUGCAGUGAUGAGUACUAAAAGUGUCGCCCAUAAUAAAGCGCAGUGCGCUAUGAUAAACUGCAUCUAACGGCUUAAAUGAAUUGGCACUUCAUAUAGAUGAUGUCGCCAUAGUCUUGGACUGAUAGGUACAUCUACUGAAUUAUCUGCUUUCUACUUCUAUAGAAGAACACCAUUUUUAUUCUCAGCUUCUUAACUCAUCAAUAUGCUUUUAAAAGACAGCUUUUCAUCCAUCCAGAUACCCAGAUAUUUGUAAGCAGGGACAUGAUCAAUAUGGACACCAUCCAAAGUACAUAUGCUUAAAUCAGUAAUUUUUAUGCACUUUUUAACCUGCAUUCAAUACUAAUUUCAGGUCAGUAAAGUUUUUUUGUAAUACAAUGAAGGCAGACUGUAGUUCAGAUAGAUCCUGGUCAACAAUGGAGGCAAUAGCACACACAACAGUAUCAUCGGCAUACAAGUGCAGGUUAACAUUUUUUACAGACAACUCAAUAUUGUUAAUGUAAACAGUAAGAAGUGCUGGACCCAGAAUCGACCCCUGCAAGACACCUUUCAUAAUAUCCAGGAAACCUGAUUUAACACCAUCAGUAGAUACACAUUGAGUUCUAUCUGUGAAGUCAUUUUUAAACAUGUUUCAUGCAGCCUGGUCAGGGCAAAUUGAGGAAAGCCUUUGAAUUAGCAGUCAGUGAUCAACCGUUUAGAAAACCUAUGACAGGUCAAUGAAGAGGGCAGCACAAUGUUGCCUUUUAACCAUAGAGUUAACCACAUCAUUUAUAACUAGAGAUGAAGCAUAGAUGGUACUAUGACCUGGUCUAAAAUCCGACAGAUGUACACUACCGGUCAAAAGUUUUAGAACACCUACUCAUUCAAGGGUUUUUCUUUAUUUUUACUAUUUUCUACAUUGUGGGGAGGGGGGGGUCAAUGCAAUUAGUCCGGGUAGCUAUUUGAUUAGCUGUUCAGCAGUCUUAUGGCUUGGCCUUAAGGCUAUGGCCUUUUGGACCUAGACUUGGCGCUCCGGUACCGCUUGCCAUGUAGUAGCAGAGAGAACAGUCUAUGACUUGGGUGGCUGGUGUCUUUUCCUCACCAUUUUUAGGGCAUUCCUCUGACACCGCCUGAUAUAGAGGUCCUGGAUGGCAGGAAGCUUGGCCCCAGUGAUGUACUGGGCUGUACGCACUACCCUCUGUAGCGCCUUGCGGUCAGGGGCCGAGCAGUUGCCAUACAAGGCGGUGAUGCAACCAGUCAGGAUGCUCUCGAUGGUACAUCUGUAUAACUUUUUGAGGAUUUGAGGACCCUGCUCCAUUACAGCCUGUCAAUGAGAAUGGGGGCGUGCUCGGCCCUCCUUUUCCUGUAGUCCACGAUCAUCUCCUUUGUCUUGCUCACGUUGAGGGAGAGAUUGUUGUCCUGGCACCACACUUCCAGGUCUCUGACCUCCUCCCAUGAUUUAUAAACAGGUGUAGACUAACAGUGAAAUGCUUACUAACAGGCCCUUCACAACAAUGAAGAGAGAAAUAAAAUAGAGAAAUAAUAGAAAAGUAAAACACGUAAUAAUAAAUACACAAUGAGUAAUGAUAACUUGGCUAUAUACUUGGGGUACCAGUGCCGAGUUGAUGUUCAGGGUUGCAAGGUAAUUGAGGUAUAUACAGUACGUACAGUACAUAUAACAAGGAAUAAAGUGACAGAUAAUAAACAGAAGCAGCAACGUUUGUGAUGAGUAAAGAAAGUUAGCGCAAAAAGAGUGAAUGCAGAUAAUCCGGGUAGCUAUUAGGUUAACUAUUUAACUAACUAUUUGGCCGUUUUAUGGCUUGGAGGUAGAAGCUGUUCAGGGUCCUGUUGGUUCCAGACUUGCUGCAUCGGUACCGCUUGUCGUGCGGUAGCGGAGAGAACAGUCUAUGCGUUGCUGGAUAAUUUCUAGGGCCUUCCUCUGACACCGCCUGGUAUAGAGGUCCUGGAUGGCAGGGAGCUUGGCCCCAGUGAUUUAUCUCACCCCCUAAUUGGAGUGGAUCCAGGGUGUCUGGGAUGAUGGUGUUGAUGUGAGCCAUGAUCAGCCUUUCAAAGAAUUUCAUGGCUACAGAUGUGAGUCCUACGGUGCGAUAGUGAUUUAGACAGGUUACCUUGGCAUUCUUGGGCACAGGGACUAUGGUGUUGUGCUUGAAACAUGUAGGUAUUACAGAAUGGGUCAAGGAGAGGUUGAAAAUGUCAGUGAAAACACUUGUCAGCUGAUUACAUUUACAUUUUAGUCAUUUAGCAGACGCUCUUAUCCAGAGCGACUUACAGUUAGUGAAUGCAUACAUGUUUUUUUGUUUGUUUUGGGGGGGUUUUCAUACUGGCCCCCCAUGGGAAACUAACCCACAUCCCUGCCGGCCAAACCCUCCCCUACCUUGGACAACGCUGGACCAAUUGUGCGCCACCCAUGGGUCUCCCGGUCGCGGCCGGCUGCGACAGAGCCUGGACUCGAACCAGGAUCUCUAGUGGCACAGCUAGCACUGCGAUGCAGUGCCUUAGACCACUGCACCACUCUGAGUACUCAUCUUGGUGAUCCGUAUGGCCAUGCGGCCUUGUGAAUGUUAACCUGUUUAAAGGUCUUACUCACAUCGGCUACGGAGAGCGUGAUCCCAAAGUCAUCCGGAACAGCUAGUGCUCUCAUUCAGGGUUCAGUGUUGCUUGCCUCGAAGCGAGCAUUGAAGGCAUUUAGCUCAUCUGGUAGGCUUGCGUCACUGGGCAGCUCGCGGCUGGGUUUCCCUUUGUAAUCCGUGAUUGUUGCAAGCCCUGCCACAUCCAACAAGCGUCAGAGCCGGAGUAGUAGGAUUCGAUCUUAGUCCUGUUUUGACGCUUUGCCUGUUUGAUGGUUCGUCGUAUGGCGUAGCAGGAUUUCUUAUAAGCGUCCAGAUUAGUGUCCCACUCCUUGAAAGCAGCAGCUCUAGCCUUUAGCUCAGUGCGGAUGUUGCCUGUAAUCCAUGGCUUCUGGUUGGGAUAUGUACGUAAGGUCACUGUGGGGACAACGUCGUCGAUGCAUCUCCAAAAGACACAUUAUCCAGUGCACUCUCUCUGACCCUGGGUUUUACCCAACUGUUAGCAGCUACCGUUUUUGUGGUUUUUGCUGCAUGUCUCUGCCAUUAAGGCUUUAUUUCAGUGCUAGCCUAAUGACCAUCGGUCAGAGAAGGGGAGUGCAGUGCAAAAAGAAUUGCCAACAUGACAUGGUAUCCUCAGGUUCCACUAAACUUAACAAGGUUGUCUUUCAUUUGCAUUGCUGAAAAUCCAUCCUGUUUCUUUGUAUUUCCUGUAUGUGUCAAGAGUCACGAAUUGCUGAACAAAUUACGAAGGCAUUAGAGGCAUUAUACUAAGCAUGUGCAUAAUGGCACCAUUUCUGAUUGGCGGAUGGCUGCUAAGGAAGGGCAAUUAAAUUGAUUAAUCAGCAUCACCACAGAUAAUGCUCUAUAUUUAGCAGCAGGAGGAUAUCCAUUCAUUAUUAUUACCGGUAAUGUGUGAGUGUGAGGUAGCUAGACAUCUCCUCCACAGACAUUGUUACCCCACCCUUACUGAAUAUUCAUUAUGACUCCUAGAGAGAGAAUCAGUAGUACUAUUAGAGUUGAUAAAACAUGUUCCCAAGCCUUUUGAUUUAAUUGGCAACCAUGAUGAUACUGUAAUGUAAACAUAGAUCACAAGCUCCCCCUAGUGCUAGAAUUGGACACAUACAAUGACUGUACAAUCAAAACAAAACAAUGAUAGCCUAGAGACAGUAUAGUUGUUGAUUUGUGUUGAACUUAUCUUUCCUUAGCCUCUAGUCCCUUAUCCCUGUACCCAAGAGUAGAAGUUCAUUUUCUGCCUUCCAUCUGUGUUUGCAGGUUGGAGUCCCAGAUGACAUCAGAUAUUCAGACCAUCCUGCAGCUCCUGCAGAGGCAGUCUACCCUGGGACCUCCUGCCUAUAGCACUGUGACUGCCAGUCCAGACUAUCAAAGGCCUGCUGUUAGGGUUCAGCCAAUCGCUGCUUUGACCAGCAGCCAUUGCUUCAGCCAUUCAUCAUCACAAGUUCGUACUGAACUGUUGAUUUCCACAGAACAAACAGACAAUGGAAAUCAAGGACCAAGACUUUUAAAAAAUGGAAUGGAGAUCAUAUUUGAAAAGUGAUGACUGACUCCAAGAGUUCUGAGAUACUUUCUAAUGGCGGAAGCACACUCUUAUGUUGAAAUGUGUGUGUGUUUGCUGUUAUUUAUUUUACAUGAUCAGAGUCCUGAACUUAACUUGGAGAGGAGGCAUCAGGAAUUCAAAGACUCAGUGUCAGGCUUGGCUUAUAUUAAUGAUUCACCCAGAGAGGACAGCAUUACAGUACUGCUU